UUCCUGGGGGUGGUUGGCCGGCGGAGCUGAGGGAGGUGCGUCCCCUGCAGCAGGCGUGCAGGGGCUGGUCCCCACGGGCGGGCUCCCGGCUGGAGAGUUCAGCACUGCCCUGCUCAUCACUCGCCAGCAGAGAGCCUGUAGACUGCUUCAUCCUUUUCUUUCUUUCCUGUUUCCCUCUCAAAGCGGGGCGACAGAAGUCAGCACGGCGGCUCCCGGCGAGGGGGGGGUGGCCAGAUCGCCCAGCCCACCUGCCCGCCCGCCGGAGACCAAGGAUGGAGGCAUGGCGGGGUCUCCUCUUCUGCCUCACGCUCCUGUGUGUCCUGCUGCGCGUCCGAGGUGAGAAUGGGGACUUUGAUUUGGCUGAUGCUCUGGAUGACCCCGAGCCAACCAAGAAGCCGAGCUCAGGUAUCUACCCCAACCCGAGGCCCCCCUACCACCCACAGCCUGGAAAUCCCGACAACAGUGGAAAUAUCUACCCCAAGCCGAGGCCCCCGUACCACCCACAGCCUGGAAAUCCCGACGGUGGAAAUAUCUACCCAAGGCCGAAGCCGCCGCCUCCUCGCCCGCAGCCUGGUAACAGUGGAGGCUUCCUGAGCGACUCAGACCUCAUCGACGGCGGCCGCUACCCACCCAGGCCGCCCGCAGGAGGCGGCGGAGGCGGGUACCAGCCAGGCCACGACAGCUACGGACGAGGAGGGCGCUACAGACCCGGCUCCCCUGGCAUUAAUUAUGGCGGAGAUGGCUACUCCACGCAGGGCAACCUGCCAGGCGACACAAUAGCGAAAAUUGCCUCUCCCAUCGUCUCCGUGGUGGUGGUGACGCUGAUCGGGGCGGCGGUCAGCUACUAUAACCGGAGGAGAAACUGUCUCAGGACAAACGAACCGCGGACUAUCUGAGGUCUUCAAAAUCCACCCACCGCUCUGAGAAAGCCUCCGUUCAGAUGACAACCCUGUCGAUCCUGUGGAAUGUCCCUUUCAUUCUUGGCUUCACCCGCUGCCCUGGAGGGUCUUUUCUUCUGUUUGCAAUAGACGCGCUGCCCCACAAAGAAGGGGGUUCCUAAUUCCUCAGAUACACCGAUGGGAACGAGGUGCACAGCUGGAUCGUGGAUUGUAAAGAGAUUGCUUGAUCUGUGGGUUCCAUCAGCCACGCGGGCUGAGAGGUUCUGACUCUGGUCUGAGCUCUGGAGUGUGUCCUGCUGGGACCAAGGGCCACCGACGUGGUCAGAGAACAGAGGAGCCAGGAGAAUAGCUGGGGUUCUCAGGUGGGGCUGCCGUGGAGGACUUCCAAAGGAUGGAAGCUGCUGCUUGGGUUUCUAGCAAGCUGGGGAGACACGCUUUGCUGAUGCUACAGGUUCCUUGAAAAACUGAAAGUGAAGGAAAAAAAGAAAAAGAGAAACCGAAAGUGUUAGUUGCUCAGUGGCAACCAACUCUUUGUGACCGCCUGGACUGUAGCCCACCAGGCUCCUCUGUCCAUGGGGAUUCUCCAGGCAAGAAUCCUGGAGCGGGUUGCCAUGCCCUCCUCCAGGGGCUCUUUCCUGACCCAGGGAUCCAACCUGGGUCUCCCGCAUUGCAGGCAGAUUGCUUUACCAUUUAAGCCAGCAGCGAAACUAAACCACCUUAGGCUAACAUCAGGAAUCCGGACCUGUCCACCACCGCCAGUGAAUCAGGAAUGAAUGUGUUUCUACCCUAAAGGGCAGCAUUUGAACUUUAUCUCAGCUCACAAAAGUAUUAUCACCUGCAGAAGAUGAGGCUGGAUUUCUGGAAAUUUAAAUGCAAGGACCAUCAUGCGGAAACCUGCUUGGGGAAGCGAUCUUGGGGUGUGUUUUUUUUUUUUUUUGCCAUGAAAUUGUAUGGUUUCUACUUCCUCUUUUUUUUUUUUUUUUCAGAACAUGGGAUAGAGAUUUUGAGAUGUCCAGACUUUUUUUGGUAUAAUUUUUGGUCUUGGAUCUUCUGUGGGUACCAGUUCUUAACGCAACGUCAGCGCUUUCCUUAGCGUAUACUUUUCUUUUCCCUGGGCUAACUGUCUACCCUCAGUGUCUAAAAAGUAGCGCAGCUGCUUGCUGGGGUUUUAGUCAUUCUUUAGGGGAGAGGAGAGGGUGGGUGGUCUGGGCAGGCUAGUGUAGUCUGAUGGACUGAGAUGGAUGCUGAUGGAACGUUUAGGGUUUGAGCAUCGGAACCAAAGAGGAAGACGGUCAUUAGAGUCUGGAACGCAGAAAGAUGAUGCACGGAAAUCCUAGAUAUUCAUGCGUGGGUGCUCCCCCUUAGGCACCUGCACCCCAGAGUUCACUGCACCACUGUCCACGGUAGCCAAGAUGUGGAACGCCUGAGAGUCCAUCGACGGGGGAAUGGCUCGAGGCCAUCGACGGGGGAAUGGCUCGAGAAGAAGUGGUCCAUGGAAACAAAUGGAAUAUUACUCGGCCGUGAAAAAGAAUGAGACCGUGCCGCUUGCAGCCACGUGGGGGGACCUGGAGAGGGUUACAGUGAGUGAAGGAAGUGCGGAACACAAAUGCCAUAUUAUCAUACGUGCGGAGUCUAAGACAGCGGGUACAAAUGAACUUGUUUACAAAACAGAGAGAGACUCAUAGACAUACAAAACGAGCUUCUGGUCACCAAAGGGGAAAGCCUGGAGGCACACAUGAGGAGUGUGGGAUGACGAGAUACACGACGCCAUAUGUCAAAUCGAUAAAGCAGCAAGGCCUUACUGUACGGCGCAGGGAACUCUACGCAAAAUGUGGUGAAGUGAUAAUGGAAAAGAACCUGGACAAGAAUGGACGUGUAUCUCUGUGAAUCACUGAAACUGCCUUAUGUGUUAGUCGCUCAGUCAUAUCGGACUCUUUGUGACCCUGUGGACUGUAGCCUGCCAGGCUUCUCUGUCCAUGGGAUUCCCCAGGCAAGAGCACUGGAGUGGGUUGCCAUGUCCUCCUCCAGGGGGUCUUCCUGAUCAGUGAUGGAACCUGGGUCAGUUCCAUUGGCAUUUGACCGUUUACCAACUCAGCCACCAGGGAGACCAUGCCUGAAAGUAACACAACAUUGUAAAGUGCCUACACUCCAACAAAAAUGAACCAAGAACACCCUCUCCAAGUAUAAACCACUGUAUGCGAGGGUGCUGACCCACCUCCAACCCUUAAUGUAGGGAAGGCAAAUCUCUCUCUCUCUCUCUCUCUCUCUCUCUCUCUGUCACACACACACACACAGGUCUCAAAAUUCAUGCACUGGUGUCUUGACCCUUGGGAUCUCAGAGUGAAACCUUAUGUGUCGAAAGAUCGGGGACAGUUGUGAUCAGUUAAGACGAUGAGUUAGAACAGGAGGAUGGCUUCUAAAGCAAUAUGAGCUGUGUCUUUAUAAGAGGGGAAAUUCAGAGACACACAGAGAGACACCAGGAAAAGAACCUGAGUGGCUUGGAGCAAGGCAGCCACAAGGCAAAGAGCUAUCGCAAGCCAGGACAGAGCCCUGUGUAACCUUCAGAGGGUGUUCCUGCCUGCCCACCCCUCGGUCUUGGACUUCCAGACUCUGAAACGGGGAGAAGAUACAUAUUUCUUGUUUCAUCUGCCCAGUUUGUGGGAUUCUGUUAAAGACAUCCUUAAAAAGUCAAACGGAGAUGAAUAUAUUGGGGGUACAUAGUUGUGAGGUUUUUUUUUUUUUUUUCCUAAUUUAAACGUGAGAAUGAGGAAUGCAUCUAGCUUGUCUAUACAGGUCGUACAGGAAGCCAGGCAUGAUUAAACUCUGGACUCAGGCCCAGAGCGUGAGAUCACAGUCUGGCUUCUGCAAGUCGAGCUGUGUGACCCUAGGCAAGUUCUGUAGCCUCUCUGGGCUUCAGUCAUGUCAUCUGCAAAACGAGUGUUACUGGAUCUGUCUUCCAAAACGGUGGUGAGGCUGUGGUGGUUCAGCCGCUAAGUCGUGUGCAGCUCUCUGCAGCCCCAUGGGCUGUAGCCCUCCAGGCGCCCCAGUCCAUGGAAAUUUCCAGGCAAGAACACUGGAGUGGGCUGCCAUCUCCUUCUCCAGGGGAUCUUCCCAACCCAGGGAUUGAACUGCAGUCUCCUGCAUGGGCAGGCGGAUUCUUUAUCCCUGGAGCCCCCAAGGAACUGUAUCCUAUAUUUUGAAAGAUUUUAAAUAGUCUCACCUCAGAAAGAAAGAAUGAUGUCACAGGGUGGAGACGUCAGACAAGGCUACGGUGAUCAUCCCACUGAAGAGUAGCUACCACGGUCAUCCCACUGAGAUGCAUCUGCGAUGGUCAUCCCACUGCAAUGUAUCCUCAUCCCACUGAAGUGUAUCAUCAUCCCAAUAUACACCUUAACCUUC